AUGACCAGCGAGGUGACAGUCACACGCUUCCCACAACUAGAGAAGGAGCACCAGUGCGGAGCGUGGGCAGCGUGGCAGGCGCUAACGAUCCUUUGGCAUAACCAAUUCUGUGCAGCCAGAACUCCCGGAGUCCUGCUCUUGCCUCCUGGCCAGGUGAACAAGAAAAACAGUGCCCAUCCGCCACUUACUGCUGGCAGUGCCCUGCAGGCAAACGCUCCCUGCAAAUGGCUCUCGGAUGCCCUCUUGCGGAUGCAGUGGAAACAGGCUCUACCCGGAGUAAAAGACGACCUCAAAGAACUGGGCUGCACCACACUUCCUCAUGCAGAGCCAGUCCCUUUUCUGAAAGUUUUUUCAGAGCACGCAAGAGCCGAGGCAAAGCCACGGACGCCCACGGGACCAGAAACCGGCUGCUCCGCUACGCUUCUGGCUCCUAAAUCCGCCUCCGUCUUGACCGAAGUUUUGGGCCGGCCCUGGGCAAGCGCAGCGCCGCGCCGCCGUGCUCCGGAAGCCUCACCGCGUCUGCCUUGUCCCGCAGCUGUGGUCGCGCGGCCGGUGGCCUUGGAGGAGCCGAUCCUGCUGCAGCUGCGGAUUAUCCAGAUUCUGUCCAGGCUGGAAGAAGAUUGGACCAUUGAUACAGAAACUGGGCUCACACCUCUUGAGACUGUGCUUGUCCUUCUAGAGAAGUUGGAGAAGGAAUGCCACAUUGAUGUGAAACUAAUGGAGGAAAUAAUGAAAAGAAUAAAGGAGGCUGCAGUUAUCACCUGUGUUAAGAACAAAGAAUAUGAACAUGCCAGCAAAAUCUUAAAGAGACACAUGUCAAGGGACCCAAGCAGCCAGCACAUGAGGACAGCAUUGUAUCGCAUCAUCCAAGAGAAAAACUCCUCUCAUCCAACCAUCUGGGAUUUCUCCUACAAAGCUUUCCAGCAGAGGAUUCUUCUCUUCUUCGAGCAUUACUUGGAUGAUUCUGAGCCAUUUCUCUUAGUGAUGGCAAGAAAGGAUUCCACUGAUAAGAUGGAUUCCAAGAAUAGCCCCGUGGGAGCAGCUAGCAAGGAGAAAAUGGCUGUUUCAGAGGCUGCACAAGAGACCCCCCAGACAUCUGGCACAGCAGAUGGAGAGACUGUGGAAAAGCUCAGCAAAGCCCCAGAAAGUGGGUCAGAGGCAGGGGCAGAAGAAAGGCCAGCGUGUGGUGCAGGAACCAGAGAAACAGCAGCAAAACCUUUGCCAGCACUGGGUACAAGUGGAGAGACCAUUUUAGAAUGUGUGGAGGCAGCCAGCGUGCGCACCAAAGCAUCGCCACGUGUGGGUGGAGCCACUGCUAUUGCCCCCGUGUCUGCUGCUUCCAAGGACUCAGAUCAGGGCUCCAGCCCGAAGGCAGCUUCCUACGGGCUCUCUGUGCUGAGAGAAGCCUUCAAGAUCCUUUCUGGUGCCCCAGACCCCGAGGAGGCGUUCUUGCAACUAGACAAGACGGACUGGACUGGCUCCAAGCCACGCUCGCCUUCUGGGUCCCCUAGAGCCAAGCGCCAGAAGAAGGACAAAGGAGAUGCCCACGUCAGCUUCAGCCUGGUGAAGACAAGAUCCUUGCCCUCUAUAAGCAACAUGCUUUUGGGGACAGAGAGGAACUGUUCUCCUGCCAGGCACAUCUUGCCCACAAAGCCACCUUUGACUUUGGGGGCCCAACCAGCGAAGUGCCGAGAGCCCACCCCAAGUGCGUCCCCCGCAGUUCCCAGGAUGGCGAAGCCAGGAGCUACCCCUUCGGUUCCGCAGGAGGAGAAGGCAGCCUGGAGUGACGAGGAUGAGUUCUUCGCAGAGCAGCAGUCAGAGGGGUCAAUUGGCACCAACCCUUCCAGUACUAGGAAGAAGAAGUGGUCUCCAGAAGAGACUGCCUGGAUCAAGGCAGGUGUGGAGAAGUUUGGGGAGGGGAACUGGAAAGUUAUUUAUCAAGCAUAUCCUUUUAAGGAUCGUACACCUGUGAUGAUCAAGGACCGUUGGCGAACGAUGAAGAAGCUGGGACUUGACUGAACUUGAGGGCAGGGGCUAGCAGUGUGCCUUAAGUGUGUUAUUUAUUUAAUAAAAUGUUUAUACUGAA